AUUAUGAUGGACAGAGGAGGAGGCCGCUUUCCCUACGUAUCUUGGAUUAGAUCGUGGUUAAGAAAGUCAUGAUUUCAGAUUUCCGCCAAACUCGAUUUUAUUGAAUCAAAUCUCUACAAUGGCGGCUCGUGCAAGGAGCGCGUUUUCAACCCCGUCAUUUAAUUGAAUUGAAGUGAGAAACCCAGUCAUUGUUUAAUUUUGUGGAAGUCUUCUGUGCGAAUUGUGUAGGAGAAUUGAGAAAUUUUGGCGAUGGAGGGCGAGUCAUCACAGACAACAGAGAAGAAAAUAGCAGCGGCUCUUGCUCAACAUCCAUGGACGAUCAUUACAACUGAUAAAAAUGGCAUGAAGGCGCUUGAUUUGAGCAGCUUUCUGGUGGACGAUGUUCCAUCAUCCAUUUUUACUAUCAAUUUCAUUCUCAAACUUGAUCUCUCCAACACUAAUCUUCAGAUAAUUCCAGAAGAGUUGUCGAAUCUGGUUAGUCUGGUUAGCUUAGAUCUUCACUCGAACCGUUUGAGAUCACUGCCUCGUUCCAUUGGAAAGCUUGUGAAGCUCAAAUAUCUCAACCUUUGCAGCAACAUGCUUUCUUCACUACCCCAAACAAUCGAGGAUUGCAGUGCGUUGGUAGAGCUAAGGGCCGAUUUCAACGAGCUGGAGCAAUUACCGGAGGGCAUGGGAUUCGAACUCGUAUAUCUUGAAACCCUCUGUGUGAGCUCAAAUAAGUUAUCCCGCCUGCCAUCCUCUGUAUCUCACAUGACAUCACUGCGAGUUCUGGAUGUGCACUUCAACAAGCUCCGAAUGCUUCCUCAAGACAUAGGGAGCCUCAUCCAUCUCCAGACCCUCAAUGUCAGCAGCAAUUUCAAUUUUCUUGUAUCUCUCCCGGAAUCGAUUGGCGCUCUCUGUAACCUCACACACCUCGAUCUCAGUUUUAACCAGAUUACAACCCUGCCCGAUUCCUUUGCAGGUCUGGAAAGCUUAAAGCUGCUGAAUUUAGAAGGAAAUCCUCUGGUUGUGCCUCCCCCAAAAAUAGCGGAGCUCGGCGCAGAAGCUGUGAAGCAUUUCAUGGCGGAAAGACUGCAUGUUAAGGUGCCUCCAAAAGGCAAUGUGCAGAGAAUUCAUAAGAGUCUGUUGCAGAAGAUGACAAAGGGGAAAUUCGGAAUGAAGUGGGGUGAGCGUAACAACAAAAAGUAUGAUAAUAACAAUGAUAAUGCAGUUUUAACCGAGGAGUAUGAUUACCGCUCUUUAGAAGAACAGGAAGAAGAAGAUGGGUUUCAUUCUAGUGCUCCUCGCUCACCUUUCCGUCAGUUUUUGUCUCCACGGCGAUUUUUCAGUCCACGUCAUACGCCUUCGCAUCAUCGCCUCAAUACACGUGGCUUCUAGUUUUCUUGUUUGCUUAAUACAUGGAACGGCCAUAACUUGUAAUUUGUUUCAGUAUUUCUAAUUAUUUUCGGAGGAAAUAAUUAAAUUAUAAAAAUAUGAUCAUGGUUAUUGUUAUUUUUAAAUUAAAUUGUGUGUUUUUUACAUAA